AUGCCGUUUGGUGAGGUGGUCUGUGGUGCACCUGGGAGUGGAAAAUCCACGUAUUGCUAUGGAAAACACCAGCUCUUCUCAGCACUCCAACGCCCCAUUUCCAUUGUCAACCUCGACCCCGCCAACGAGAACAUUCCAUAUCCAUGUGCGAUCGAUAUAUCCUCUCUCAUCACCCUCCAGGAUGCGAUGGAUGCACAUGGUCUUGGUCCGAACGGCGGGAUGCUCUACUGCAUGGAAUAUCUAGAGGCGAACUUUGAUUGGCUCGAGUCUCAUCUUAACGAGCUCGGCAAAGAUGCCUAUGUGCUGUUCGAUAUUCCGGGUCAGGUGGAGGUCGGGACGAACCACGAAUCGCUAAAGCGUAUCAUACAACGGCUAUUGAAGAUUGGGUUCCGACUAGCCGCCGUGCACUUGUGUGACGCACACUACGUCACCGACGCCGCCAAGUAUGUAUCCGUUCUUCUACUGUCCCUUCGAACGAUGCUUCAGCUGGAACUACCUCACAUCAACGUUUUGUCAAAGAUCGACCUCCUGUCGCACUAUGGUGAUCUAGACUUUAACCUUGACUUCUACACUGAAGUCCAGGAUCUGUCACACCUUGAGAAUGUCCUCACCACAAUCUCCCCACGGUUCACAGCACUUAACAUGGCAUUGAUAUCCGUCAUCGAAGAUUUUGGUCUCGUAGGAUUCGAGACGCUGGCUGUUGAGGACAAAGCUUCCAUGCUCCACCUCGCGCGAGCCAUUGAUCGUGCAACUGGAUAUAUAUUCAGGGCACUAUCGAUAGUUCUGCGGAUUCCUGCGUCCGCUCGGCCCAAUGCAUUCUCCCUCUUCUCGACUGCAGCAAGACUACUUCCUGGAGACGUGCAAGAUGUUCAGGAGCGCUGGAUAGAUGCUAGAGAGGAAUACGAUGCGUAUGAGAAAAAAGAGUGGAGGAGAGAGGGCGAGAUCGUUCAGGCGCAGACUGCCGCAGAGAGAAUGAAACGUCCUGAAGAACGGAAAGUUAAAUUAGUCGGAAUCAGAGAAAGGAAAUGA